AUGCCGUAUUACAUGUCGAUGGGCAAACUGCCCAAGAAGCGUCACACCCAGUUCCGUAGACCCGACGGUGCUUUGUACUCCGAAGAACUCUUCGGCACCGAGGGGUUCGUUGGGCCAAGCAGCAUCAUGUACCACAUCCAUCCGCCGACCCAGGUCACCGGAUGGAAAAAGCUCUACUCCACCAAGGUCGAGUAUGUGGAAGAAGAUGUGAUGCGCAUGCGUCAUGUCAAAUCACAGAACUUCAAGAAACACGGCGACCCCGUCCAGGGACGCGUGGUGAUCUUCGGAAACAACGACAUCGAGAUGUCCAUCUGCCAACCAGAUCAACAGAUGGAGUACCACUACAAGAACGGACAAGGCGACGAGUGCUUCUUCGUACACUUCGGGUCAGGCACCGUCUAUUCGAUGUUCGGAACCCUCAAGUUCGGGAAGAAAGACUACAUCGUCAUGCCCAAAGGUGUGAUCUACAAGAUCGUCUUUGACGAACGCCCCGACGACGGCAGCGACAUCGACGAGUUCGGCGGAUUCAGCAAAGACGAAAUGCCGCUCGGGAAGUUCAUCUGCUUCGAGACGUGCAACGCGAGCCACUUCCUCCCCCCACCACGCUACAUCUCCAAGAAGACUGCACAGUUCCUCGAGCACGCGCCGUAUUGCGAACGCGAUCUGCGUGUUCCGUUCGAAGACGAAGACCAUCCACUCGCAUACGACGAGAAGGGUGACUUUGAGGUCCGCAUCAAAGCGCUCAACUCCGUGCACUCCUACAUCUACCCAUACCACCCUCUCGAAGUCGUCGGAUGGGACGGCUGCUACUACCCCUACUGCUUCAACAUCCACGACUUUGCGCCGAUCACCGGACAGCUCCACAUGCCUCCGCCGAUCCACCAGACGUUUGAGGGACACAACUUCGUGAUCUGCUCGUUCUGCCCUCGCGCGUUGGACUUCCAUCCCGAUGCGAUCCCUGUGCCGUACAACCACUCGAACAUCGACUCCGACGAGAUCAUGUACUACGUCGAGGGCAACUACAAAGCCCGCCGCGGGAUCUCGCAGGGAUCGAUCUCUGUCCACCCGCAGGGCAUUCCCCACGGCCCGCAUCCAGGAACCGUCGAAGCAUCGCUUGGGAAGAAGUGGACCGACGAGAUGGCCGUGAUGUGCGACACCUUCCGUCCGAUGUUCCCCACCAAAGCGUGCAUGCAACUCGACGACCCGCAGUACCCCGAAUCCUGGCGUCAAGACCACUUCGCGCCAGACCAGGUCCGCGGCGCUGAAGGGGAAGAAACCAACCCCAACGCCCCCAUCAACACCUGGGAUUAA